UCGAGACAACCAAGUUUACCAAGUUCGGCGAGUUCGACACCCGCGCCCGUCGCUCUGGCCUCACCAUAUGAACGCCGCCGCAUAUUCGAUUCUAGUGCCUCGAUCGUUCUUGUUGGGAUGCACGGGACGGGCAAGGCAACAUUAGCUAUGAUGGCUUCGGUUGCUUGUCGAAGAAGGGUUGUCGAUAUCGAGAAUCUCUUUUACAAUACGACCGGCUUCUCAACGGCAGCAUAUCGAAAACAGUUUGGUCCCUCGAACCGGAGUCUUCGGCAGGAGGAAAUUCUGCGCAAUGCUCUCCAGACCUACAACAAGGGCGCGAUCAUUGUCUGUAACGGAGGCUAUCCUCUGGAUAUGAAGAGCCAGAGCCUCUUGCGCGACUUUGCAAUGACGCAUCCAGUGAUACACAUCAUGCGAGACCUCCGCAGUGUGCAUCUGUAUCUUGAUACUGUUGAAGAUCCAAAACUCCAUGAUAUGCUAGCUCUUAGUACCUUGGUCUUCCGGCGGUGCUCCAACUACGAAUUCUACAACAUAUCCGAAACGAAUGCGCCUCACCUUUCUAUUGCGCCUGCAAAUCAACCAUCCGUCCCAGCUUUUCUGACUUUGAAAAGAGCAGAAAGAACGUUCCUCAAAUUCUUGUCUCUAGUCCUGUCUCCCAAGAACACAUAUGGCAAGGUCAAACGCGUGACCCCUCCAUUGGAUCCUGUUCAUCUUCCGCUCUCGUAUGUCGCAGUCGAGUUGAGAAACUACACAUGCGCCGUGCAGGUGCUACUCUCAGACCUCAAUCAUGGGGGUGUCGAUAUUGAAGAGCUCGAAUUUGGCUGUGACGCAUUCGAGAUAGUCGUUGAUCCGGUGCAACUCACAAGUGAGCAGGCAGAAGAUAUCAGCAAAAACAUAUACAAGGUCCGGAGAAGUACGCUGAUUCCAAUCAUAUAUCACGUCAUGCCUACUUCGACGAGCCCGAGCUACUCUGCAACAUCUUACCUUGCCAAUCUCUGGCAUGGUCUCCGUAUGGCACCCGAGUUUGCAACCAUUGAUUUGAAUCUGGACGAAGAGCUGAUACGCGCCAUUGUUUCUUCCCGGGGUUCAACCAAGAUCAUCGGCCAUCUUCAUGCAGCCAUGGGUUGGUAUGAUGCGUUCUGGCUCGAGAAGUACGAGUCGGCAAUGCGUCUAGGCUGCAGCAUGGUACGCUUUACGCGCCCCGCGAAUUUUAUGGACGACAACGCCGCAAUCCAGAGUUUCAGAAACACCAUCGAUGCAAAGUUUAGGAAGAUUCCAAUGAUUUGUUACAAUACUGGGCGUGCGGGGCGUCGCUCAGCAUGCUUCAAUAAGGUCCUCACUCCCGUUAUUCCAGAAACUUUGAGAAACGAUGCCAAAUUUGAAGCAAAGACGCAAAACAAUCCCGAGACUUCCUGGCUUACUGCUCAGGAGGCUACGCAUAUCUUAUAUGCUUCAUUUACCUACGAUCCGAUGGAAUUUUGCAUUGUCGGGGCCAGCGUCGGAUACAGCUUAUCUCCUGUAAUGCACAACGCAGCAUAUAAGAUAUGCGGUAUGCCACAUCAUUUUGACCGUCUCCAACUCACAGCUUUCGAUAGUAGCCUACGAGAACUCUUGCGCAGGCCAAAUUUCGGUGGGGCUGCGAUCAGUCAACCUUUCAAGAUCGAUGCCAUCUCCCUCGCACACUCGAUAAGUCGGCACGCCCGGGCAAUUGGGGCAAUCAAUACCCUGAUACCCGUCCGCCAUCUCAACGAUGAUGGCAGUAUUCCUGAUGCCGACAAUGUCGAAUUAUUCCAAGAACGCAACCAAUCUGGACCAGUCAAGGCACUGUACGGAGAUAACACUGACUGGAUAGGGAUCCGGUCUUGUAUCCGACGGGGUCUCUCUCCGGCCAAUGCAAUCCGGCCCACGACUACGUCUGGACUUGUUAUUGGGUCAGGAGGUAUGGCCAGAGCGGCUAUAUAUGCUAUGCUGCAGCUUGGCAUAAAGAACAUUGUCGUAUUCAACCGAACGCUCGAAAACGCCAAAAAGCUCGUCACAUACUUUGCCCAGGUGGCUUCAAGUCCCUCGGCUGUCAAACUCUUCCCGUCUUUCGUCCUUGGAUCUAAGCCAACAUUCCAAAUUCUCAAAACUCGAGACGACCCCUGGCCGAGCGACCUUUACGCACCCACUGUUAUUGUGUCAUGCAUACCUACACACCCUGUAGGUGACGCUCCGUCCCCUCAAUUCAAACUCCCCACACGCUGGAUGCAGUCUCCUACCGGGGGUGUUGUGAUUGAACUAGCCUACCGAACACUGGACACCCCCUUGAUGAGGCAAGUUCGCGAAGAAGCAUCGUCAUCGUGGAUAUGCAUGGAUGGUCUGGAUCUUCUACCCGAGCAGGGCUUUGCUCAGUUCGAACUCUUCACAGGAAAGAGAGCGCCACGUAGGAUCAUGCGCGAAGAAGUACUGCGUUGCUGGACCGAUGAACAUGGACGGUCUAACCCAGGCAUGGUGCGUACGAGACUGGAAGCGAUGGACGAGCAGGAGCCAUGA